CGAUACCGAACGCAGUCCGAAUGGAACACUCGACGGAUUCUACUGCAUAGCUUGUGCAUAAUGCUGCUGCGAUUUGCGCUUCCGGGCAGGAUGCGAUACUCGCUGUAUACUUAUAUACUUAUACUUUCGUGCAAUAUUUCUAUGGUAUUCUCCAAGGUCGAUGUAACGAAGCAUCCUAGCUGGUCGCUACUGGAGCACAAUAGCUGCGGUAAUUCCAACAGCGAUCGCAUUAUCGGCGGCAAGAACGCGAGCCUCGGCGCGUAUCCUUGGAUCGCGAGAAUAGGAUACAGCGGGACUAACGCCGACGGCGCGUUAAGCUACAGAUGCGGUGGAACGAUGAUCAGUCGGCGAUACGUAGUCACGGCUGCCCAUUGCGUAACGAAUUUACCCGAAAAUUUCAAAGUCGGCGGAGUCCGUUUGGGCGAGCACAACAUCGUGACUGAUCCCGACUGCGAGCAGGGAUAUUGCGCGGAGCCGGUGCAAGAUUUCCUGCCCGAGUCGGUGAUCGUUCACGAGGAUUACAACAAACCGUCGUACAAGAAUGACAUAGCCAUAAUACGGUUGAACAAGCCGGUGGUUUACAACGAGCACGUGAGACCGAUUUGCAUGAUCAACGGUGAACUCCUCAGGAAGAACUUCGUCGGCGAGAUGGCGGAAGUCGCCGGUUGGGGAAUUUAUGAUAUCAAUGACCCGAAGCCUAGCACGAUCCUGCAGACGGUCAAGCUGCCGAUCGUCGAGAUGGACAGAUGUGUGAUGGCUUUCAAGAGAUACGCGGACGUGUCGGUGGACCAGCAGAUGUGCGUGGGUGGCGUUCAGGGCCAGGAUUCCUGCGGCGGUGACAGCGGCGGACCCCUGAUGCAAGUCAACAGCUUGGACGGACCCCCUAAGUACUACUUCAUCGGUAUCGUUUCCUUCGGCGCAAAAUCCUGCGGCGCCUCCAGAACGCCUGCCAUCUACAGCAGGGUCGCGACGUACACUACAUGGAUCAUGAACAACAUGCUCCCAUCUCUUGGUACUCGCUUAAUAACAACGAGGUUGAAUUAUUCGAUGAGAAUGUCGACGUCGACCUUCCUAGUGUCUUUCAAGUUUCUGACGUUGUUACUGAUCGUCAGCAUCAAUGCGCAAGACUCGCGGGAUAGCUGUACAGUCGACGGCCAGGCGGGCACGUGCAUACUCGCACGUGACUGCUCACUGGUGUCCAAUAUUCUGCAGCAGUCGCGGGAAGAGGCCUUCGCCUAUCUGAGGCGCAAUCAUUGCGGCUACGAGGGCUCGAAUCCAAAGGUGUGCUGCAUCAGCAGCAACGCGACCAUCGACACCCGUCCGGGCGGUUAUAUAAGGAAUCCAGGGACUACAGAGAGAACUCGGAACCCAGAACCAACCCCGCAACCUGACGGCAAUGCUCAAGUAGAUCUGGCGAACCCGUUGCUGCCGAAUGUCUGCGGCCGCGACCUGUCGCAGAGACUCCUCGGUGGCGAGCGCACCGAGCUCGACGAGUUCCCGUGGAUGACGCUGUUGGAAUAUCAAAAACCGAACGGCAAAUCGACGGCGUGCGGCGGAGUCUUGAUCAGUCAACGUUACAUCCUCACCGCCGCUCACUGCAUCAAGGGCAAGGACCUGCCACCCACCUGGCGCCUGGUCAGCGUUCGCCUGGGCGAGUACGACACCGACACCGAAAGGGACUGCAUACAGGACGGCGGUAACAACACCGGCAACAACGUCAAGCAGGCGUGCGCCGACGAUCCAGUAACCGUAGGUGUGGAGGAGCAAAUCGCUCACGAGGAGUACCGGCCGCAGUCGCGGGAUCAACGUUACGACAUCGCGCUGCUGCGUCUGAGCCGCAACGUGACGUUCACCAACUACAUCAAGCCCAUCUGCCUGCCAUCCAAUUUGUCGACCGGAAGCAGGCUCUAUGUAGCCGGCUGGGGCAAGACGGAGACCCGUUCGGCCUCAAACGUUAAACUGAAGCUUCAGUUGCCCCUGGCGGACAAGGAGGAGUGCGACGAGACCUACGCCAACGCUGGUGUUCGGCUGGGCUUCGGGCAGAUCUGCGCGGGCGGCCAGAGAGGCAAGGACUCGUGCCGGGGUGAUUCGGGUGGUCCUUUGAUGUCCGUCGAAAGAGUCGCCGACGGCAGCGGCAAGUGGACCGCCGUGGGCAUUGUAUCCUUUGGACCGUCCCCCUGCGGCAUGCAGGGAUGGCCUGGCGUGUACACGAAAGUGACUGACUUCGUCCCCUGGAUUCUUAGUAAAUUGAAACCGGUCGAAUAUCGCGAGUGGGAUUAUUAUCUCCGACGAAGUGCGUGCUCUCUCUCUAUCCGAAGCGCGUUAAUUGGCGAGAGCCAUCAGAGCGAAACAGGAAAAUCCCCGCUCGUUUUGAUUCGCAAGGGAGAGAAGAAGAAGGAAAGAAGAAUAGCUACAAACCCCGAGAUUGAUUGGCGAACAGUUAAUACUAUGCUGAUACCACAAAUAAACAUGAUGUUCAUCGUUUCGCUCAUCUUCUUCAUUUCUCUAACAACAAUCGAUGCACAGAAUGGGUGCUCAAAUAGAAAUGCUAAUUGCGUUAACAUACGCAACUGUCCGGAGAUAAUAUCCAUUUUGAGAGGUCCUAGACCACUUUCGGCAGAAGCGCUGCAGACUCUUAGGAAUUCGCAAUGUGGCUUUGAAGGCAACGACCCGAAGGUUUGUUGUAAUCAGCAACAACCCACAACGUCUUCAGAAACUACUGAUCCAAGUCCACCAGAUGUGACGAACCAUCCGAACCUGCGUCUGUUGGAUCAUGGAGCGUGCGGACCUCCCACUCAGUCAAAAAUAGUCGGCGGUAACAAGACCAGAAUCUUUCAGUAUCCGUGGAUGGCGUUAAUCGCAUACGACACCGGAAGACCGAAUCCGGAGUUCCGUUGUGGCGGCACGAUCAUCUCCUCUCGCUACAUCCUCACUGCCGCUCAUUGUGUCACGACACUUCCAGCGGGUCUCAGAGUGAUAGGCGUCAGAGUAGGGGAUCACGACUUGAGUAGGGAACGUGACUGCGAAACGGACAGCAAAGGACUCGAGGUCGUGUGCGCCGAGAGGUACCAGGAUUUCGGUGUGGAGAGCUUCGUAUUCCAUCCGGAUUACACGAGAACGAAGCUGCAAAAUGACAUCGCGCUUAUCAGGUUGAAUGGUACCGUGGACUUCCGGCCUCGGAACGUCAAGCCUAUUUGUCUACCCUUCGGCUCUGCGGCGGAACUGACCCAUACUAAGGGUACAGUGACCGGCUGGGGCGCGACGGAGUUGGGCCCGCGCAGCCAGGAACUUCUAUAUGUGAACCUGCCGUUGAUGUCCAACGAGCAGUGCAAAGAGGUAUACAAGCGGACCACGGAGAUCUGGUACAAGCAGCUAUGUGCCGGCGGCCAAAUGAACGUGGACUCCUGCUUGGGCGACAGCGGUGGGCCCUUGCAGGCGAAUGGCAUAUACAACGGCAGAUUGGUGCGCAUCAUUCAGUACGGCGUGGUUAGCUAUGGCCUGAGGCAGUGCGGCACCGAGGGCUUCCCCGGAGUCUACACCAAAGUAGUUUAUUACAUGGAUUGGAUCCUGAACACGAUGAGAGAUUAAAACAUGCGACUGAAAUACAAGACUUUUGCAAUACUUUAAAUCUCCAUGUACUCGACGCGGUAAUGUGGAUCGCGACGAGAAUAAAAACAUAAAUUUUGUAAGGCGUUCGAUAAAAGCAAUAAGUACGUAGAUAAAUAAAAUUGAUUUCGAAAGAUCGGCAGGACGAGUAAAAUUGCAUUUGAAAAGGAAUAUCUUCAAUGUUUGUGGAAGUAAGCGAUUUAGGCGUCUAUAGGAAGGUGAUCCACGAGAGAACCACCGUUGGUAUUUUUAAUUAAUAAAAAUAAAUUGUUAAUUUUUAAAAAAUUUGUGCCGUCCUUUUACUAGGAAUAAAAUGUCUUACUGCCGACACAACUUUGUUCCAUUAGACGGAGAUCUCUCGGGAUUGCGACUUAAGUUAAUUAAAUUUAAUUAUGCUUUAUUGCAUGUGCAGUGAUAAGAGCGUAACAUCUUCGAUGAGAAGAAAAAGAAAACGAAAGACAGAGAGAGAGAGA